CAGGUUUCCCGAAUGUGUGCCAAUCAACCAACACCAACCAGCCCACAACGUAGCGAUCGUGCAAAAAUGCCUUUCAAAUGAUCGUUAAGAUGGAUCGCACCGCCAGUGUCGCCGCAAACGAGCACAAGACGAGUGAGUGCCGUUCAACGGUCAUUCCGUGGUAACCCUCGUACGAGGCAGUCCAAUAGUGUUGGCUAGAUGGCGUCGACAGUGGUCUGGUCGGCCCUGCUAGUGGGCCUCUGGUGUGGUGGCCUCUUGACCGAUGGUGCGACCGUACAGAUCCGUGAUCUCGGAUCCGUUUCCGGCUCGGAGACCGUUACGGCACGAACGGAGCAGAAAGUGUUACAGUUUUUCAACAUUCCCUACGCACAAGCACCGGUUGGACAGCGUCGAUUCCGCGAACCCAUCCCUCUGCCUCCCUGGACUGGAGUGAAAGAUGUUUCGAGUCCGGGGCGAUCCUGUCCCCAGCCGGGAAUAACGGAUAAGUUACCACCAGCGGAGCUCACCAGCGCGAUCGAAGACUGUCUGUCGCUUUCGGUCUACACGAAGAACCUUACGGCGAAGCUCCCGGUUAUGGUGUACGUUCACGGUGGCUCGUUUUACCUCGGCAAAGCGGCCGAUCAUCCACCCAACUAUCUCCUAGAACGUGACAUCGUGUUGGUGGCCAUCCAGUAUCGUCUCGGUGCGCUUGGUUUCCUCUCCACAAUGACCACGACCAUCCCGGGCAAUGCUGCCAUGCUGGACAUCUUGCUUGCCCUACAGUGGGUUCAGGAUCACAUUGCGGACUUUGGUGGUGAUCCGAGCCGUGUAACGAUCUUCGGUCAAUCGGCCGGUGCCGGUGCGAUCAGUGCGCUACUGUACAGUCCACGCACGGAACCGCAAUUAUUCCAGCAGGCGAUCCUGCAAUCCGGUGGCUCAACCGCUUCCUGGACCAUCGAUCCAAGUCCGCUGGAAAAUGCGAAGGAAAUCGCACGUUAUGCGGGCUGCGAUACGGUGCGACCGAUCGAGGACAUAGAAAAGUGUCUCCAGGAGCUUCCGGUCGUCAAGUUGCUCCAGGCUCUCGAUAAGCAUUCGCUCGAUCGAAUGCAGUAUCAGGGCAUCAACAAUAUCGGAGGCUGCGGAAUGGUCGUUGGAGGACCAUCAAACUUCCUACCAGCGGCACCAUUCGAUCUCAUCCGUGCCGGCAAGGUGCGCAAGGACAUUCGACUGAUGGCCGGUGUAACGAAGCAAGAUGGCUCGUUCAUGCUGACGGACGUGUACGAUAUGCUGCACGGAAUGGGACUGAUCGAGAACCGGACGUUCAACCAGUUCGAUCUGAUCGACACCGUUAACCGGAUCUUCGGUAUCGAUGAACACGGUGGAGCGUUGGCAGGAUAUGAAGUGGAAUCACUCUUCAGCGAGCAGGAUCUAGCGAGUGGAAACUUUACCCGGCUUAUCGAUGGACUCAUUGAUAUCGCAGGCACGAUCGUCAUCAAGGCGCCGGUGCUACGAGAUGUCCAGGCCAACGUACGCUACAGCGAGCAGCCAACGUUCCUGUACAGCUUCGACUAUCGGGGCGAACACACUCGGUUCGGUUACGGUGCACCAACGGAACACUAUCCGUUCACCGGUGGUGCCCAUCACUCCGACGAUAACCAGUACCUGUUCCCGUAUCCACCCGAGUCUGCCAAGCUGAACGCAGCCGAUACGGAAAUGUCGGAAACGAUGGUGGAUCUCUGGACGUCCUUUGCCAUCACCGGUGUUCCAUCGUCUUCUCGCGGAGUGCCAACAUGGCCACCGGUAACAGGACCAACCGGGCCGUAUCUUCACAUCAACAAACCGGCCACGAUUGGCACCAACUUCUACGAUGAGUAUACUGCCACCGUUCAUGAACGUACGUCCAGCAGUAAGGCACUGGUACCAGCAAGUGGAAUAGUUUUCGCGUUCUUAUCGGUUCUGCUCAUAUCGGUUGUACGCACCUCAGCAUAAAUCAUUGUUUGCUGAUAAGACGCCAAACGCGAGCAACAGAACAGGUGGUGGUGCGACACUACCGCAAAUUAAUUUACCUUUAACUUUCCCAAUCAAUUACAAUCGGUUAUAAAUAACUAUAAAAAAGGUACCCAGUGGUAAAUGGCACAGAAUUAGUCAUGAAGAAUCAUAUUUAAAGUAAUCGUGCACAUGUGAAGCAAUAUGCAUCUCGCAAUAAAACUAUCAAUCAAGUGUUUCUA